AUGUACCGCAAGGGCAACAACAACAUUGGUGACGUCUAUAAGGAGGUGGCCACGCUCUUCAAGGACCACUCGGACCUGCUAGAGGAGUUCACCUUCUUCCUGCCGGACUCUGCUGCCAGUCACUUACCCCAGUGGCGUGGGGCGCACCCAGCAGCGGGUUUAGGCGGGGGAUUGCAGCAGGCUGGGGAGGAGGGCACGCACAGGAAGCAGCCUCUGAUGCUGGACCUGCAGAAGCCCCCGAGGGAGGCAGAGAUGCAUCUAGAGGAGAAACGGGUUGGGCUGGUGCCGCCGCAGCUGCAGCAGCCGCAGCCGAUGCAGGUGGAUGGGGCUGGGAAGGAGGGGCAUGGGGAGUGGGGGCAGCAGCAGAAGCAGCAGCAGCAGGAGGAGCGGGAGGGAGCGGCGCAUGCGGUGGUGCAGCCGCCGCAGCAGGCGCAGCAGGGGCCGAAGCGGAAGGGGCGGAAGGGGGAGGAGGGGGGGAAGAAAAAGGAGCCUGGGGGAGCGGCGGUGGAGGGUGCAGGAGUGGACGACAGGAAAGGGAGCAGGGCCCUGGGUAUGCACAGGGAGUUGGCGUUUUUCGAGCGGGUGAAGGCGAGGGUGCGCAGCAGGGAGGUGUAUCAGGAGUUCCUCAAGUGCCUCAACAUCUUCUCGCAGGAGAUCAUCGCCCGCGCCGAGCUGCAGAGCCUUGUGGGGGACAUUCUUGCCAAGCACCCCGACCUGGUCGAAGGAUUCAACGAGUUCCUGGCUAGAUGCGAAAACCUAGACUUUGAGACUUUGGAGUCAGCAGGAGGAGGGCCAGGGGUGAAGGAGGUAGAGGAGCGGGAGAGGGAGGAGAGGGAGAGGGAAGAGAGGGAGAGGGAGGAGAAGGAGCGGAUCAAGGAGAGGGAGAGGGAGGAGCGGGAGCGGGAGCGGGAACGGGAGAGAGAGCGGGAACGGGAGAGAGAGCGGGAGAGGGAGAAGGAGAGGGAGAGGGAGGCGAGGGAGCGGGAGCGAGAAGCGAAGGAGAGGGAGAAGGAGAAAGAGCGAGCAGCAGCAGCAGCGGCGGCGGCGGCGGCAGCAGCAGCCAAGUCAGCUGCUGUGAGGAAGGAGCUAGUGCAGUAUAAGUCCAUCUGUGAAAUGGAUCUGUCUGCGGCUGAGCGCUGCUCCCCGAGCUACCGCCUCCUCCCAAAAUCGCAAAUGCGCCCCGUGUCGUGCCAUCGCACGGAGCUGGGAAUGAAGGUUCUGAACGAUGUGUGGGUGUCGGUGACGUCAGGCAGUGAGGACUACUCGUUCACGCACAUGCGCAAGAAUCAGUACGAGGAGUCGCUCUUCCGCUGCGAAGACGACCGUUUCGAGCUGGACAUGCUGCUGGAGUCGACUGCAGUGACGGCACGGCGAGUGCAGGAGGUGAUUGACCGCAUGCACGGCAUGACCGACGCUGAGAGGAGUGGCUUUAGAGUGGAGGAGAAUCUCACAGCCAUCAACAUGCGGUGCAUCGAGCGCAUAUACGGCGACCACGGGCUGGACAUCCAAGAGCUGGUGAAGCGCACGCCAGCGGUGGCGCUGCCGGUGGUGCUGCAGCGGCUGAAGCAGAAGCAGGAGGAGUGGGUGCGUUGCCGCGUGGAGAUGAACCGCGUGUGGGCGGACGUGUACGCCAAGAACUACGCCAAGUCGCUGGACCACCGCAGCUUCUACUUCAAACAGCAGGACAAGAAGAGCCUCAGCAUGAAAGGUCUGCUGUCUGAAAUUCGGGAGCUGAACGAGCAGAAGCACAAGCAGGACGAGGUGGUGACAGCACUAGCUGUUCCCACACGCCGCCCGCUCAUCCCGGACGUGCGGAUGGCAUACAACGACGCUGCCAUCCACGAGGAUCUCCACGAAAUCAUUAAAUUCUCCACAGAGGAAGUGUGCAGCUCGCCUGAGCAGUCUGCUAGGGUUAUGAAGCUGUGGACGGGUUUUAUUGAGAUGUUUUUGAAUGUGCCCGCGGUCUGGUCGAAAGUUGUCGCGGAGGAGAAAGCUGCCCGGGACGCAGAAAGUGCUGCCCGAGAAGCUGCGAGAGCUGCCCGGGGUGGGGCAGGGGGAGGGCGAGAGGGGGAGGGGAAUGGAGAGGCUGGUGGGGGAGAGAGGGAGGGGGAGGGGAGAGAGAAGAGUAGAGAUAAAGGGAGAGGGGAGGAGAGGAAGCGGGAGAGGCAAGGGGGGGAGGCAGAGGGCCAGAGGAAGAGAGGGAGGCAUGAGAGUGAGGGUGAUGGGGCGGGUGGUGCUAGUGAGGGGCAGAGAUCGGCGGGUAGGGAAGCGGGGUGGGAUGGGCUGGAAGAGGGUGAAUUCAAUCCUGGGGGAAAGGCGUCAGAGGGAGCAGGAGGGGGAGGGGGAGGGGGAGAGGAAGAAGAGCCUCAUGUGGAGAGGAGGCACAAGGGCGGGAAGAAGUGGGGAAAGCAUUGGUACAAGGCGUGCCGGCCUGUGGUGGCCCAUAGGGAUUCGUUUGAAGCAGCUCGUUUGGGAUCUGGUGGUAUACCACCAGCUAGUGGUAUAGCACCACCAGCUGGUGUGCCUCUGCUGCUUCCUGCUGCUGCAGGCGAGGGUGUGGGGCGCAGAGGGGGGGAUAGUGGGAAUGGGAGGAGGGGAGAGAAUGGCGUUGGUGGGGUGGGAGAGGGAGGGAGGGGAAGGAAGGGGAAGGGGCGAGCAGAGGUGGGGGGAGACGAGGAGGCCAAGGAGGGCCGGGAGAGGGAGGAGAAGGAGGAGAGGGAGAAGGAGAGGGAGAGGGAGCGGGAGAGGGAGUUGUCUGAGGAGCUGUGGGGAAGAGCACAGGCGGAGGCAGGGGCGAGCAGAGUGAUGUAUGGCAACGACAGCAUGUACAUGCUGUUCAGACUCCACCAUACGCUGUACGAGCGCAUUCUGAGUGCUAAGGUGAAUGCGCGGGCAUCAGAGGAGAAGUACCGUGCACUUAACCACUCCGACCCGCCUGACCUCUAUGCCAAGUUCCUGGAGGUGCUGUACAAUUUGCUGGAUGGGCAGAUUGACAACACGCGGUUUGAGGACGAAUGCCGUGCUGCCAUCGGCACCCAGUCCUACGUGCUCUUCACCAUUGACAAGCUCAUCUACCGCCUCGUCAAGCAGCUACAGGCAUGUGCAGGGGACGAAGUGAGGGCGAAGCUGCAGCAGCUGCAUGACUACGAGGUGGCCAAGGGGGCUCGGGGCUAUGUGGACCUGGUCUACCAGGCCAACGCGUGUGCUCUCAUGCACGACGACUCGCUCUAUAGGAUCGAGCUGCUAGCACAGCAACCAGGAGAGGGCGAGAUGACGGUGCAGCUGAUGGAGGGCGGGCCUGAGAAGGUGGAGGUGCCGGCAGCAGCCAUGGAGUCCGCCUUCCUGCACUACCUCUGGCACUUCCUGCACUCGCCGCCCUCGCAUGCUCCUGCUCGAGGGCACGUCUUCCUUGCCAGGAACGUAAGGAAGGCAUCAUUGUCUACCUCUUCUGCAGCAGCAGGGAAGAGGAGCCGCAGCAAGGAGGACGAGGAGAGGGCUGCCCUAGAGAGUGUGCUUAUAGUGAAUGGCCUUGAGUGCAAGCUCUCCUGUGUCACCUCCAAGGUGUCGUAUGUGUUAGACACAGAGGACUACCUGUUCCGCCACAAGAAGCACCGUCGACCCAGGAGCGCAUCUCAGGCACCUGCGCUGCUGCACAAGGCCCAGGGGACAGCUGGCACGCAGGGAUUGGCCGAGCGCUCGCACCGAGCGGCCAGGCGGUUACGGCCUAGGGCGAAUGUGCUACAAGGGGUUGAGAUUAUAGGAGGACAUGUGGACGUACGUUUGUUAUGCCUGUUUGGGAUCAGCAGGGAGGGCUCCCUGUGUGGCCACUGCAUUUUGUGGCCCAAAUGCGCGCCAAUGGCGGCGGCGGCGGCAUCCGCGGCGCUGGGCGAUCUGCUCCUCCUGCAGGGGCAGGCGAAGCGCGAUCCGGAGGGGUACCGCGAGGAGUUCGAGCGACAGCACCGGCACUACCGCGCGCUGCUCGCCGUGUUCUCGUUAAAGCCCCACGCGGAGAGCAAGGAGUUCGGCGACCUCGUCAUGUUCCUCGCGCAGUCCCACGUGGAUGUGCUUCACCCAAUGCUGCGCCGCCAGCUGGCACACGCGCUCAUCCUCCUGCGGAACCGCCAGCUAUUGGGUCCCACGGACCUCAUUCCGCACUUCUUCCGUCUCUUCCGCUGCCCUGACAAGGCCCUGCGCAAGCUGGUGUUCUCUCACAUCGUCAACGACAUUCGCCGCCUCAACCAGAAGCACAGACAUGAAGGUGUCAACCGCCCCAUCCAGAACAUGCUCUUCUCCCUUGUGCAGGUACGGGCUCUUCUCCCUUGUGCAGGUACGGGUUCUUCUCUCUUCUCACUGGUCCAGAUGCUGUCUCUUGUAGUUCAUAGUCCCCGGGCGCAUCAUGAUGGGCGCAUCAUGAUGGGCGCAUCAUGGUGGGCGCAUCAUGGUGGGCGCAUCAUGGUGGGCGCAUCAUGGUGGGCGCAUCAUGGUGGGCGCAUCAUGGUGGGCGCAUCAUGGUGGGCGCAUCAUGGUGGGCGCAUCAUGGUGGGCGCAUCAUGGUGGGCGCAUCAUGGUGGGCGCAUCAUGGUGGGCGCAUCAUGGUGGGCGCAUCAUGGUGGGCGCAUCAUGGUGGGCGCAUCAUGGUGGGCGCAUCAUGGUGGGCGCAUCAUGGUGGGCGCAUCAUGGUGGGCGCAUCAUGGUGGGCGCAUCAUGGUGGGCGCAUCAUGGUGGGCGCAUCAUGGUGGGCGCAUCAUGGUGGGCGCAUCAUGGUGGGCGCAUCAUGGUGGGCGCAUCAUGGUGGGCGCAUCAUGGUGGGCGCAUCAUGGUGGGCGCAUCAUGGCGUACCACAAGGGAACACCAGCCAGCAAGCGCAAGAAGCAGGCGAAGCUGAAGCGAGUGAUGAAGGGACUGCGGAAGCAGCAGCGGGCUGUGAUGGGCGGAGGGGGGGAGAGCACAGGGGAGGGCGAUGGGAACAUGCACUUUGCUGCUCUGCACUUGCUGCAUGACCCGCAGGGCUUUGCCGAGAAGCUCUUCAGCCGCGUGUCCAAGUGCAACGAGAAGUUUGAGGUGAAGCUGUUGAUGCUGAACGUGGUAUCACGGGUCAUAGGCACACACCGACUGCUCCUCCUCAACUUCUACCCCUUCCUGCAGCGCUACCUCAUGCCGCACCAGAGGGACGUGACGCACCUCCUUGCCAUUGCAGUGCAAGCCUGCCAUGACCUGGUUCCCCCAGACGCAGUAGAGAGCAUGGUGAAGCAGAUAGUGAACCUGUUCGUGCACGACAGGGCCCGGCCAGAGGUCAUAGCAGUGGGGCUCAAUGCAGUGAGGGAGGUGUGUGCACGUAUGCCCCUGGUCAUGGGCGAGGAGCUGCUGCAGGACCUGGCCAUGUACAAGAAAGCACGCGAGAAGGCUGUUGCUGCUGCUGCGAGAUCGAUUAUCUCACUCUUCAGAGAGGUGAAUCCGUCGCUGCUGCAGCGCAAGGACCGGGGCAAGCCGGGGAAGGCAGGGGAAGCUGUGCAGCCAGUGGCGUUUGGCCACGUCGCAGUGUCUGAUCAUGUGCCUGGGAUUGAGCUGCUGGGGAUUCCGGAAGAGGAGGAGGAUUUCAGGAAGAUCAGGAGGAUGCAGGCGAAGCAGGCUGCUGAGUCGAUGUUGAGGCGCAAGGGCAUGAAGAAAGCGGCCAAUGCACUCGCCCACUCGCAUCAAGCACGCUCGCACUCGCUUGCUGAUCGCCGAGUGGACCCGUCUGACCUGGAGGUGCACAUAAAGGCACGGAGGGACAAGGAGGAGCGCAUGGCAGCAGUGAUGGCAGGCAGAGAGGACCGAAGCUUCUUUGCCAAGUCGGCGCUCAAGCAGCAGAAGGUGGGGGGUUUGUCCAAUAGGGAGAAGGAGAAGCGCAAGGCAGCGCCCAUGGCAGCACAGCCCAUGGCGUCCGUCAAGCGCACUGUCGCCGUCGCAUUGGCUUUCGUCCUCGCGCUUGUCGCCGCGUACACUGCUGUUCACAGCGUCGCUCUCCUCGCACCCACGCGCCGGCGCAACUCUCGUCCUCUCUCCUCCCAGAACUUGUUGACUUCUGAGUCGACCCAGAAGAACUCUCCUCGCUCCCUCGCGCGCACGCGCACGAGCCCGCGCGACUCUCGUUCUCUCUCCUCCAAGACCGCAUUCACCGCACCCGUCGGUAACGCGCAGUCAAGCGUGAAUGACGCCGCAAUCCCUGCUGUGGUCCCUAGGCCCGCGCCGCUGCAGCUGCAGCAGCAGCCCGCGUUUCGAGCUCCCGCCGACAGCGCUCCGCUCGAGCGCGUGUGCGGCUCACCAGCUGUCGACGGCUACGCGCACGUGAACGCCACGUGUCUCGAGGCGUCGCCGACGAAUCGCCUGUGGUGGUCCAUGCAUCCCCAGUCAGUCAUGGCGGCAUUGCUGCACGCGAUCUGGGUGAGGUAUCUCGACUCGCUCAAGCAUCGCCCGGUCCUCACCAAGGCACUGACGUCGGCGUCGCUAGCGGCCGUGAGCGACCUGAUGGCGCAGCGACUGGCGUCCCGCAAGCCCGUGGAGCUCAGGCGAACGAUUCUCAUGUGGCUGUUUGGCCUGCUCUACAUGGGUCCAUCAGCGCACAUGGUGCAUCGUGCGCUCGAUGCCAUUUUUGCAGCCAAGAGAGACACCAAAACCGCUUUGAAGAAGGUGGUGGUAGAGCAGUUGACAUACGGCCCGUGCUGCAAUGUGGUGGCCAUUAUGUGGAUCGCCUAUGUGGUGGAGCGACGCUCAUGGAUGGCAUCCAAGAGACGGCUCUUUGCUGCAUACCCAGGGAUCCAGAUCAAUGGAUGGAAGGUGUGGCCGCUUGUAGCACUGAUUAACUACAAGUUCAUUCCAUUCAAUCUACGUGUGCUCUUCUCCAAUGUUAUUGCUAUCUUCUGGUCUACAUUCCUCAUUCUAAAAGCACGAGGAAUCAAGGACAAACAAAGUUUAGAAUAA